UUGAUAAAGCUAAGUAAGAAAGUGACAUUUAUGAAAUGAAUUUAAGAGCUAAUCCUCGGAUUCAGCAUACACAAGUGUCUGGCCACACCAAAAAAAAAAAAAGCGUUCAUCUUUAAAUCCAGGUUUCUAAUACCGAGCAAUCCCCUUUUCUCUAAAACCUCAACAAUAAGGAUCUUAGGAGCUCUCCACUUCUCAUUUUAUGCAGUGAAAUCUGAUUUCUUUUGGAGAAAGGACUGAAGCAAGAUUAACUGAAUCUGCCGUCCUCCCUAACCUCUUCACAAAACUGCCCAGAUUAGCUAGGAAUUAAGUUUCAGCCGUUUUAUGUGUCUGGUCCAUAGGGGGGAUUAUAGUUUUACUAUUUUUUUGGGCCUCCCAAUUUCACUAUAAGGGUCUGACAUGCUGUUGUAGCGAGAGGAGAAGGAGGAGAGCGACGGAGGUGAUAUCCUGUGAUCAUCACCGCUUUGUGCUUUACUGGAAUUUCCUCGGAAAAUGAAUGGACGGAUCAGGAUGGAGAGGCAAAAGUUUCCUUUCACCAUCGAAAACAUAUUAAGCAAAUAUCCAAACAGUGAUGGAGACAAGCGGCCGUGUGGAACAACAGUCCUCGGACUAAAAGACAAGACGUUGAGCCCUGCUGGAGGCCAGACGGAGGCUGUUCAUCACGCCUGCCUGUGCUGCUGCUACUGCUCCCACUGUGCAGAUAUAUUUCAGACUGAUUUCAUUCAUGAAGCCUGUCAGUACGGAUGGACCCCAGCAAUAAUCUCAGACCAGUGCAGGCUGGGAGCCGCUCACGCAGAGGAGCAGUCGCCCGGUCAGGUGCAGAGGCGAACCAGACGCCACCGCACCAUCUUCACUGAGGAGCAGCUGGACGCACUGGAGGAGCUGUUCCUGCAGAACCAGUAUCCAGACGUGAACACAAGGGAAAAACUAGCACAGCGCACUCACUUAAGAGAAGAAAGAGUGGAGGUUUGGUUUAAAAACCGAAGAGCAAAGUGGAGACGUCAGAAGAGACUGUCAUUUGUUGUGAGCAACGCAGAAAAUUAAAACCAAUUAAAAAAAAACAAACAAGAGAGUUGUGUGUGUUUCAAUACAAUGAAUUUUGCUUGUCUUAUAAUACAAUAACUCAAAAAAAAAACGUAUAUUAACAUAGAUUAAGAAAAGAAGAGCUUUUUCUGUCAGUCUAAUCAUGCGACA